AUGAGCCAAGAGCAUGCCCUUGCAGCGAAGGCAGCCAGCGGUAUCCUAGGUUGCAUUAGGAAGAGCAUUGUCAGCAGGACGAGGAAGCGAUCCUUCUCCUCAGCACUGAAAAGCGAUGAGCAACAGCAGAGGCAUGAACUGGAAUUACUCACUACAGAAAAGGACCUCGGUACACGAGUGCGAGUCACGGCGGACUUCCGGCCGGGACGCGCAACCCCGCGCCCUGCCCUUGGGAGGUGCGCGGCGCCCGGCUCCCGUCAUGCUGGGCGGCAGGAGCGAGGCAUGCUGGGGCCUGUAGUUCCGACCGGGUGCGGGUCCACCAUGUUAGAGGCGUCGGGGUGGGGGAGCAGCGCCGCCUUUCAGAUCGGGAUUCCCCGCAGAGCUGAGCUUUCAGCCGGCCCAGGGAGCUGGGCUGUGGGAACAACCCCAAGCCGUUGGACCGAGCCCCCGGGCUGCUGCUACUGCGGCCUCCGAGGAAGCGUGACCCGUUUCCUGAGCGUCCUCCCUGCCUCCUACGGACCCGGGACUACCACCGCCACUGUCUCGUCAAGCCACAACUGCAAUAAUUGGCAAAAGCCGGUUUGUGAAAUUGGUGCAAGAGCCCGGUGGCGGGGGGAGGCGGCUGAUCCGUGUUCUCCGAUUUGCAGCGUUUUCCCCUGCGUAAAAUACAGACCGAAGGGGAGAGCUGAGGUUGCCAGCUGCUCGCCUCUCUUGGUUACAUCUUUCCAAGGGCUGGCUGUUCGCAGCCUCAGCACCUCUCCCCCUCAGGAACACUCGGAACAUGGAAGACUAAUUUAUACCGGAAAUCUGGCAAAGGCAGUGUUAGGUGUGAAGUUUUUCUCUUACUCCACCAGCAUAUUCAACCUUUUCAUGAUGCCCUACAUCAUGCUCAAAACUGGUAUUGGAUUUGAAAGUCUAUUUAUACAAGCUGCCUUUUAUGGCUUGGUAGGGUUUUUUACAUUUGUAACACCAGUGACCUUGCAUAUCCUUACAAAAGGCUAUGUGAUUCGACUCUAUUAUAAAGCUGAAAUGGACACGUAUACAGCCAUUACAUAUAACGCAAUCCUGGCAGAAAAAGCAACUGUCUUCCAUCAGAACGAUGUAAAGGUUCCAGACAUCAGCAAGAUGUUUACGACAUUUUAUGCUAAAACUAAAUCAAUGCUUGUUAAUCCAAUGCUUUUCCCAAAUCCACAGGAUUAUGAACAUCUCAUGGGUUAUGACAAACCUUUUUAUUUUGACUGGGAGGAGGAAAAGGAAGCCAGUGAAAGCAAAUAAUUUGAAGAUAAUGAAUGUCACUAUCAUUAUUUGUGGUGCAGUACUACAUAUGUGGAAGAAUGUAAAAUUUGUAACAUUUUUUUUAAGUCUCAGAUAAUGUUAGAGUUCUUCAGAUGCAUUUUGGAAUGUAUAAAAGCUCAAAGUGUGUGUUUUUUUUUAACUUGUAAACAACAUGAGGGGUUUCUUCACCAUUAAUGAAAAAACACAGUAAAACAAAUGCUUAUAUCUGU